UCGGGUUAGUUAGCAUCAAUCAAACUUCAACAAAAAACAUUAUAUUUCGACAUUGCAAUGCCAGCUGAUCUCAGAACCAUUUUAUUUGCUGCUUCCUAGUUUUCGCGUUGAAGGUGACGCAGCACCAACCCAAUCAUCACUUCCUCUUUUCAUUUGGAAUUCAACCACUAAAGACUCGCAAUAAACAGAAGGUGUUUGAAAUUGUGGGCAUAGGACAGCAAGCAGCCGAGAUGAUGGAGAAGAGCAAUCCCAGAAUCAGGUGGGACAAGUCGACUUACCUCCACACAUCCGAUAUGAUCAAAUUGGCCAUUAGGCUCGCAUACCGGAACCCGACGUUUGCCGUCUUCUCGGUCCUUGCGUCCCUCCCGCUGUUCCUCAUCAUGCUGACCCACGAGCUGGCCAUCCAUUGCAUCUUCGCAGACGCCUCGUCCCGGCUGAGGCUCGUGUCGUCCUACUCCAGCCAGAGGCUCCACAUCGCCUCGGGAUUGAUUCAGGAAACGUUGGUCAAGUUCCUCCAAGCGAGCCUCCUUUACUCGGUCCCUGCUCUCCUGCUCAAUCUCCUGACCGCGGUGACGACUGUUCAUUCUUCGUCCACCAUCUUCGCUGAAGGCCGAUCGGCUUGUCUCCUGGACAUGUUGAAGGACUCCAUCAACAAGACUAGGUGGAAGUGGCCUCUGAUAACUUCCACUCUCGUCUCGUUCUACUCCCUUGUCUCUUGGGUCUGCAUCGUCUCCUGGGGCGGCAUCGGCAGCUUCUUCGCGUCGGGGAAAGCUUUGCAUCUAAGUAUAUGGGGUCUAAUCUCGGUCGUAGCCAUGGCCAAGUGGCUGGAGUACCGAGCCGUGUGGGACGUGGCGAUUGUCCUUUCAAUAUCGGAGGACAAGGGCGUGUUUGAGGCGUUGUCGACUGCGUCGAGCAUAACCAAGGGCAGUAGAAUCAGAGGGUGCGUGCUGAUGUUGCUGAACUUCACCUGGUGGUUUGGACCCGCGGUCUUGGGCUUCUACGUGAGACGGAGGUGCUCGGCACAAUCCACGUACGCGGUGGCAGUGGCAGUGGCAGAGGCCGGGUUGGUUUGCGCGGGAAAGGUGGUGAAGUGGGUGGUGUGCGUGGUAUAUUGCCAUGACUGCAAGAGGAGAUCGAGCAGAGGCAAGGUUGUCUUGGAAGGUGGAGAGGGAGAGCACGCACUGCUGCUCCGUACAGUUUCUUCGUGAAAGUGUUGCUGCUAUUUCUUGCUCCUCCUUUGAAAUUGAACAGAGAUGUUAUCAGAGGUAGCCUUUUUUUUUUUUCGUCGUUUCGCGACUAACUAAUGCAUGUAAAUUGAACAGAGAUGAACGUUUAGAACGUGCCAAACCCAAAAUUGCUUUUGUCUAUUUCCUCCUCAAUCGAAAUCUGGAGAUUUCAACA